UGGUCCAAAACCAUUCCUGGCAAAGUUGAAUUCUUCUCCAGCGAGGGUUCAGACACCUCUAUUCCCAUCCCCGUCGUGCCGCUUCCAGGUGUAGAUGACUCUUACCCACCCCAGAAGAAAUCUUUCAUGAUGCUGAAAUACAUGCAUGACCACUACUUGGACAAAUACGAAUGGUUUAUGAGAGCUGAUGAUGACGUUUACAUCAAAGGGGACAAACUGGAGAACUUCCUCAGGAGUUUGAACAGCAGUGAGCCCCUCUUUCUUGGGCAGACUGGCCUCGGCACCACAGAGGAGAUGGGGAAGCUGGCUCUGGAACCAGGCGAGAACUUCUGCAUGGGGGGACCAGGAGUGAUCAUGAGCCGGGAAGUCCUGCGGAGAAUGGUGCCCCACAUUGGCGAGUGCCUGCGAGAGAUGUACACUACCCAUGAGGACGUGGAAGUGGGAAGAUGCGUACGGAGGUUUGCAGGAGUGCAGUGUGUAUGGUCCUAUGAGAUGCAGCAGCUGUUUUAUGAAAAUUAUGAGCAGAACAAAAAAGGCUAUAUCCGAGACCUGAGGAACAGCAAAAUACACAGAGCUAUAACGCUGCACCCCAAUAAGAACCCCCCGUACCAGUACAGACUUCACAGCUACAUGUUGAGCCGCAAGAUAGCAGAGCUGCGCCACCGGACUGUACAGCUGCACCGGGAAAUUGUCCUGAUGAGCAAAUACAGCAAUACAGAAAUCCACAAAGAUGACCUGCAGCUGGGGAUGCCACCCUCCUUCAUGCGGUUCCAGCCCCGCCACCGGGAAGAAAUCUUGGAGUGGGAGUUCCUCACAGGGAAGUAUUUGUAUUCGGGUGCCGAUGGGCAGCCCCCUCGGAGAGGAAUGGACUCUUCUCAGCGUGAAGCAUUGGAUGACAUUGUUAUGCAAGUCAUGGAAAUGAUCAACGCCAACGCUAAGACCCGGGGGAGGAUCAUAGAUUUCAAGGAAAUACAGUAUGGCUAUCGCAGAGUCAAUCCGAUGUACGGAGCAGAGUACGUUCUUGACUUGUUGCUUCUGUACAAAAAGCAUAAGGGGAAGAAGAUGACCGUCCCCGUCAGGAGGCACGCGUACUUGCAGCAGACGUUCAGCAAGAUCCAGUUUAUGGAGCACGAAGAGAUGGACGCUAAAGAGCUGGCCAGCAAAAUCAACCAGGAUUCUGGAUCCCUGUCUUUCCUCUCCAACUCGCUGAAGAUGUUUGUUCCCUUCCAGCUCAGCCGAUCAAAAGUAGAGAGGAAGGAACUCAAAGACAAGAAGAUCAACAUCCUGAUUCCUCUCUCCGGACGUUUUGACAUGUUUGCAAGGUUCAUGGGGAAUUUUGAAAAGACGUGCCUCAUUCCAAACCAGAAUGUCAAGCUGGUUGUCCUGCUUUUCAAUUCCAACUCCAACCCUGACAAAGUGAAGCAGAUCGAGCUGAUGAGAGAUUACCGCUCUAAAUAUCCCAAGGCUGACAUGCAGGUUUUACCGGUGUCGGGGGAGUUCUCGAGGGCAUUGGCUCUGGAAGUCGGAUCUUCUCAGUUCCAGAACGAGUCUUUACUUUUCUUCUGUGAUGUUGACUUAGUGUUUACCACAGAAUUCCUCCAGCGGUGUAGAGCCAAUACAGUUUUGGGUCAACAAGUAUACUUUCCCAUCAUUUUUAGCCAGUAUGAUCCAAAGAUUGUUUAUAGUGGAAAAGUUCCUAGUGACAAUCAUUUUGCCUUCACCCAGAAAACAGGUUUCUGGAGGAACUAUGGCUUUGGUAUUACCUGCAUUUACAAAGGUGAUCUCCUUCGAGCAGGUGGCUUUGAUGUCUCCAUCCAAGGUUGGGGCCUUGAAGACGUAGACCUAUUUAACAAAGUCAUUCAAGCUGGCUUAAAAACUUUCCGAAGCCAAGAAAUUGGAGUAGUCCAUGUGCACCACCCUGUUUUUUGUGACCCUAAUCUUGAUCCAAAACAAUAUAAAAUGUGCUUGGGGUCCAAAGCUUCAACUUAUGGGUCCACACAACAGCUGGCUGAAAUAUGGUUUGAAAAAAAUGACCCAAAUUUUGGGAAAAGCAGCAAUACUAAUGGCUCAGUGAGGACAGCCUAAUGUCCAGCUAUGCUGGAAAAGACUUUUUUUUUAAUUAUCUAAUUUAUUUUUGGGAAAAUGUUUUUUGAUAAUUCACUUUUAAAAGACCACACAGGAUAUAUUUUAGAAAUCAUCAUUGUUUUCUUACAAAGCGCUCGUUUUGAGAAGAACAAGGCCGUUGGUUUUUUCGUUGUUGUGUUCUUGGUUUUGAACAAAACUGUGAUCAAUAUUUGCCUUCAAACAAAAAAAUUGUUUAAGAGUUAUCUGACCGAUCGGCGGAAAUCUGACUUGAAUUAGAAUUUCCUUACGAACAAAAGAUUGUUUCUUACCUUUUCUGUGCUGUCUUCAUUACUGGGAUUCUGUAAAUCGGGACCUGAGCGUGCAAGCCAAGUGACAAAACGGUGUAUCUAAAUGGUUUGUUGUGACUGCUACCGUGCAAAGAUUCUGCUUCUUUGGUUAAGGAUAGCCAGUAUUUUUUAAAUGGCGUUAGAACAAAACCAAGCGGUGUGGCGAUGAAAAGGGUAUUAAUCGCAGGAGGGUUUUUUUUUUUUUCCAGAUGGCUGGUUAUUUCAGUUCAAAAAUACACUUCCACUUGUUACAGCCAGGCGACUUCAAGGGAGGGAAGAAAGUAAGCACAACCUGCUCUCUGGUUAGUCCUUGUAGAAAUGUUUGUCUUUUAUAUUUGGUCCAUAUAUGGACGUUAACGUUUUAAGAAUCCGUGGUGGGUUCAGUGUUUUAUCCUCAACCGCUGUCCUGUACGUGAUCAAGAAAUGCCGAAGCGUAACGAGGGAGGGGAAGAGGUUGGGAAAUGCGAAUCUCUUGCAGCAAAGCGACAGUAUGCAACGAACAAUUAGAGAUCCCUAACGAGAACUUUGAAAAAAGAACCCUCUCUACCGAGUGUACUGCACACGAUUGCGUUGAUUUUGUUCAGUCGGUUACGUGACGUUAAUGGGAACAAUUAUUACAUUUGAUUACUAGUUUUGUUUUGGGAUUAUUUUUUUCUGUAUCUGAUAGACCGUUAAUUUAUUUAAUAUCCAUUGGUUUAGGUUCUUGACCUUUUCUUGAA